AUGCCACAGACACUGGCUGUUCCUUUUCAGCUCACGCCCCGGUGCUCCAACACAAAGCUGAAAGGAGAAAACACACAACUUCUCUCCCCUGAACAAGUGCCUGGGGUGGAUCCAAACUCCAUCUUGCUUUCUCCUCAGCCCCAGAUCUGCUCCCACCUAGCAAACGCUUGUAUGGAAGGCAAGAGAAACUCAUCCCCUCCAGAGCUGGAUAGAGACUUCCUGUUGCCCUGGAAUCAGGUCCCCAGCUCCAGCCCUACAGACCCCGAAUGGUUUGGUGAUGAGCACAUCCAGGCAAAGAGGGCCAGAGUGGAGACCAUCGUCCGAGGCAUGUGUCUCUCCCCGAAUCCUCUGGUGCCAGGCAGUGUGCAAGCUGGGGACAGCCCACGCUGCCCAGAGAAGGCCCGAGGGAGGAAGAGGAAGCAGAGCCUUCCCACACAGCAAGGCCUCCUGAUGCCAGCCGCUGCCCAGGACCAGGGCAACAAGAAGGGGGGCCCUCGUGUAAGAGAACAACUUCACCUGCUGAAGCAACAGCUAAGACAUCUGCAAGAGCACAUCCUACAGGCUGCCAAGCCCAGGGACACAGCUCAGGGGCCAGGAGGCUGUGGCACGGGGAAAGGCCCUCUGAGUGCAAAGCAGGGGAAUGGCUGUGGGCCUCGUCCCUGGGCUGUGGACAGUGACCACCAGCAAGGUUCCAGCAAGGACCUCUCUGGGGCAGAAAAACACCAAGAGUCUGAGGAGCCCAGGUUCCUUCCUUCUGGAGCACCAGCUUCGCUGGAGAUUCUGAGGAAAGAGCUGACCAGGGCAGUGUCCCAGGCUGUGGACUCGGUAUUACAAAAGUUCAACCGCUGCAUUACCUCCCAGAUGAUCAAGUGGUUCAGCAACUUUCGUGAGUUUUAUUACAUCCAAAUGGAAAAAUCUGCCCGGCAAGCAAUUUCAGAUGGUGUCACAAAUCCCAAAAUGCUGGUGGUUCUCCGCAAUUCAGAACUUUUUCGAGCUCUCAAUAUGCACUAUAACAAGGGAAAUGACUUUGAGGUUCCAGAUUGCUUCUUGGAAAUUGCCAGCUUGACGUUACAGGAGUUCUUCAGGGCUGUCUCCGCAGGGAGAGACUCAGAUCCUUCCUGGAAGAAACCCAUUUAUAAAAUUAUUUCGAAACUGGACAGUGACAUCCCAGAGAUAUUCAAAUCUUCCAGCUAUCCCCCGUAGCUGUUUCGGAGUUAAGAUCCCACAACGUGAGGAGUGACUGGCUAGGGUUUCCUGGGUUUGUCUUAAAAGGCAAUUUAGUUGUAGUCAUAUAAAAAGGGCACAAGGAAAUCUCCUCUACCAAAAUAGGCACUAUUACCAUUUUGAUCAUUUAUUUCCCUUUCCAGAAUCAUCAGAAAUUUAACUAUAAAAUGUACUAACUAUAUUGGUGUAUUGGUAGUAUAUUGUAAAAGGAACACAAGUUUCCAAUCAGAAGACUUGAAGCUCAACUCCAUUGUUUCCAGGUGUUGUGACCCUGGGACCUUCCUGGUAUCUCUGUAUCUGUAAAAUGAGGUUGUUAAGGAUUAAAGGACAGUAUGUCCUAUGCAAUGUUAUUCACACACAAAUGUCAGUUUUUUGAGUCCCUCUUUCAGAUAAGGUUAUCUUAUUUGGGGUUUUUACAAAUUGCUGUUUUUAGUCACCUACUUAUUAAAGCGCCAUCUAUUUGCUAGAUACUUUCACAUACUUUAAGCUUUUCACCCUGAAAAGUAGUUAUUACCAUCAUUUUAAAAAUGACCAAACAGAAGCUUUAGAACUGCAAGGUAACUCGCCAAAGCCUAUGAGGGUAGGACAUCUGGGUUGAUAGGGACAGUCAGGAGCCCGGGGGAACCAAGACUUUCUGAUGCCCAACCGCAUGCUGGACCCAUCUCCUGCAGCUAACUCAGGAUCUCAAGCAGGACCCCACCCCUAGUAAGCAUCCAGCGCUGACAGGGCACCAUCACCUGACAACUCCUGCCCAGCACUUAGGAGCACUUCAUCGCCCAAGAUUUCUGCUGAUCAUUUCAGCAAACUCAAGACAAACUUUCUGCAGGACUUGAGUGUUGCUGUUUAUUCACAUUUGUCUGCUGGAAGAGUUUAUCAGCUGGAUAAUGCAAAUAGUCUCCAGCUGACCAUUGCAAUUGGUGCCCCAACCUCAUAUAUGCAGAAGCUGAACUUCAGACUGUGAAAGGUAGAAAGGGCCUUAGGAGAUCAUCUGGCCCAUGCUGCUUAAAUGAGGGAGGAAGAACCACAGUUCAGCAGGAGCCUUGCACAGGCUGUGCACAGCUUUGCAGAUGAUAAAUGGCAUAACUGGGACAAAUGCAGCAUCACACAGAAAUGGAAAUUCUCCCACUCCAUAACAAAAUUACAGUCCAUGGCUGACCUUCCACUGAUGAAGGAAUUCCUGAAAUCAACAUUUCCCCCCCUGCUGGCCCAACACAAUUGUGACCCAAUCUUGAGCAUAUAGGCAAGACAUGUACAAAGCUAAGUAACUGCAUCUGUCUUCUAAGCUAGUCAGGAUCAAGUCUUUGUAAGCACUGCCAAAGGUACGCGGGGUGGGGUGGGGUGGGGGUAAUACACAGCUCGGGCUCUGUAGUCCUGAUAAGGGGUGUCUGUGAGUUCAUUAGCUUCUAUCCUGUCUAUAUAAAACAAGUUUCAUAUUCGGCUACUCAACUUCCAUAAUUUUUCUGGUGGGGUGCUGCUGGAACAGAGGAGAUAAAAUCCCUAAACUAUUACUAGAACUAUCAGCAUAAAAAGUAUGAAAGAUGAAUUUUCCUUUGAAUUUUCUCUUCAAACAGCUGAAAGGAAAAACAAAACAGACUUAGCCCAAACCCAUCUUUACAGGCUAAAGGUUAAGUGCCCUCCAAUACAUCCAAUUGCACUCAGAAGAUCUUUGCCCUAUUUUCACAAAAAUGAAGGAAUCUGCCAAACCUAAGUUUUAAACACAGGCAAGCAUGGAGUGCUCUGAGCAAGAGCAAUCAGUUUUCUGUGUCUGGACACAGUAGAAGAACCCUCUAUCCAGAGUGACAUUACAUACCUAAGUUAGACAUACAGGGGAAACAAGUUCACAUGACUGUCCAAUAGAGAGCAGCCCUUCUUCUGUCCCAAACCUGAAAUUCAUUAGUGUGUCUUUAAAGACUGAGCCAAGUCACCUCCAGGGCAGUGAACCUUGUCUCAGAGACCAAUUAGAUGAAAUGUACAAGCUCAAAUUGAAAACAUUUGUGUACUGCAAUCUUUCCAGGAAGUGUUCUCUAACCACUGAGCUAAACACAGAAGAAUGUAUAAAUAUAUAUGCUCUGCCAACAGAAGAAUUCUAUUUGAUUACAAUUUUCUGUUUCUACCAAGUGCGUAUCCCUCUCUGUUGGAAACACAUGGAGUGUAAGCUGAGUGGGUUAUUAUUUUAGCAAUCAUACUUUGCCAAAGAUCUGGUCAUUUUUUCCACUAAGGUGUAUGAAGGCACUAUUCUUUUAUUUUUUUGAGACAGGG